AAACAAUAGGCCAAACCUCUCACUUCCCGGGUGGGGGAGCAUUACUUCAGCAUUUGAUCCUCACAGCCUUCCUUCCUUCUAUUUUAUCGGGUAUACCCGCCAAUCCCUGCCUUGUCUUCUAGACGGCUGGUCAGUUUUACCGGUCACCCCACGUCCUGUUACUCCACGUGAUUACCGACUCCCCCUCCAGCAGCGCUUGGUCUCUUCCGACAGUUACUGUUUACAAUCACGGGCCGCAGAAUUCUAGCGUUUGGUCGGGGGGGAGACGGUUUCUGCUUUUGCCCCACGUCAGACUUUCCUUGCCCUCUUCCACCCGGUUAACACCCGGUUUGGGGCAUUUUAAUAACGAGUAUCUUGCUCUUGGUGGCCCGAGGGCUCUGUCUCCGUUAUAAAGUGAUUGUAUUGGCCGUUGUCCCCCCCUCCGCCGCUCGCUGCAUGGUUCGCUCCGUCUUGUUCCCUGGCUCUCCCAGGCGGCAGGAGCUCAGUGUAUGAGUAGCCGGCAGCGAGCGCGGCUUGCUGGAGACAGGGGGAGGAGAUGCUGCCCGACCCCCGGCUCCUCACGGCCUGUCAGGAAACGGAGGAGGGAUGAGGAGACCCCCGACGCCACUGCCGACAUGGAGCCGGUGAUCAGCCCCCAGCGGAAGCGGCGCUGCAGCCCCCUGAAGGAGCGCCCCCCCGCCCCCCUCACCCUCCAAACCCUGAACGGCACCCGCCGCCCCCAGCAGCCCAGGAAGCGGCUCCCGGGACCCCGCUACAGCCUGCUGGCCGAGAUAGGCCGCGGCAGCUACGGCGUAGUGUACGAGGCCCUGGCCCGCAAGACCGGCGCCCGGGUGGCGGUGAAGAAGAUCCGCUGCGACGCCCCGGAGAACGUGGAGCUGGCCCUGUCCGAGUUCUGGGCUCUGACCAGCCUGCGCCGCCGCCACCCCAACAUCGUGCGCUUCGAGGAGUGCGUGCUGCAGCGCAACGGCCUGGCCCAGAGGAUGAGCCACGGCAACAAGAACUCCCAGCUCUACCUGCGGCUGGUGGAGACCUCCAUCAAAGGGGAGCGUAUUUUGGGAUAUUCCGAGGAAGCCUGUUACCUCUGGUUUGUCAUGGAGUUUUGCGAAGGUGGAGAUUUAAACCAGUAUGUACUUUCCAGGCGGCCGGAUCCAGCAACCAAUAAGAGUUUUAUGCUGCAGCUGACCAGCGCCAUUGCUUUUCUACACAAGAACCAGAUUGUUCACAGAGACUUAAAACCAGACAACAUUCUGAUUACAGAGCGCUCUGGGUCACCUGUACUUAAAGUGGCAGACUUUGGGCUCAGUAAAGUGUGUGCAGGUUUGGCCCCUCGUGGAAAGGACAGUGCAGAGGGUGGCAGCAAUGAAAACAGAGCUGUCAAUGUCAACAAGUACUGGUUAUCAUCUGCCUGCGGCUCUGACUUCUACAUGGCUCCUGAGGUGUGGGAGGGCCACUACACUGCAAAAGCUGAUAUAUUUGCUCUGGGCAUCAUCAUAUGGGCCAUGAUCGAGCGCAUCACUUUCGUUGAUGCAGAGACCAAGAGGGAGCUUCUAGGGACUUACAUAAAGCAGGGUAGUGAGAUUGUCCCUGUGGGUGAGGCACUGCUAGAGAACCCAAAGAUGGAACUUCACAUCCCACAGAAACGCAGGACUUCCAUGUCUGAGGGCAUCCGGCGGCUGCUGAAAGACAUGCUGGCUGUUAACCCGCAGGAUCGGCCAGAUGCUUUUGAGUUAGAGACGCGAAUGGACCAAGUUACUUGUGCUGCUUGAGGAAGUGUGUGUCGGGUUAACGAGUGACAAGACCCUUGUGUUCUUUCAAGCGUGAAGCUACAUCUGAUCUUACCUGGAAAGCUCUGCGUGGUUGGAGCAUUGGGGAGAUGGGCUUUUCCUUUUCUUUUUAAAUACAUGUUUUUAAAGACCUGCUAGAGAAUGGCUUCUAUGUCCACCCAGCGCUCCUGGUGCUGGCUACCUGGUGUUCCCUUGUUAUGGAUCGCUUCACUGACCUAUUAUUCUACAGGCAAUGGCACCGUGCUCCUUAGGAUACUCUGGCAAAGCUAUAGUGCCCCAGUGGAGCCUGCAUAUUGUUACACCACCACAUGUACCAGGCUGGCAACAGAUGUACCAGGUGUGGCAACAAAACACAGACUCCACUGGUCUUGGUUUCAUGAAUAAUGAGCUGCAGUCAGUUCUGUGGGGUUAAGGGAGGUGGUAGGCUUUCUUCAGGGGUGGCACACUAAACAACUGCAUCUUUAAAUGGGGUGAGCUGUCCUGUGCCCUCCUGCAUCUAAUCCCACAAAGUCUUCCCUCACUGUAAAACCCAUCCCUGUGCCUGGUCCCCACAGCCCUCCCCAGCCACCAAGCAUGGCACUGCAACCAAACCUGUCCUGCACACUCAUGAUGACUCAGGGAUAUCUGACUCAAGGGGAAAUUAAAGGUCCUCCGCAGCCGCUGCUUGCAGAGGAGUUCCUUGGGGUUCACUUUACCUCCCUUGUGCCUAACUCUCUCCUCCCUCUUUGCAGCACUUUUCAAACCUUGUUUCCUCUGCAUGCCCAGAGGCAGGGACAAUAAAUUUAUUUUUCAAGCCUCUACCGAAGUGCCUAUUAGCGCGCAGGUUUCUCAGCCACUGGGAGAAAUGGGAUGGGAGAAUAGGCGGGGUUAUUUUAGCAUUGGGGGCGGGGCUUGCACUGUCUUUUUAGUCACUUGUGAAACUCUUGUGCCUUAAUUAACCUUUUGCUCCUGCCACCCAGUUAUCACUGUGCCUGCUACCUUUCCUACCCCUGUUCACCUAUCUGCCCUUGUUAACAAAACAUUAAUCUUUUGCUGGAUGGGGUGGACUGCAGGCUGCUCACCAUCAGUCUAGGAUGGCAGACACAAGAUUUUUAGUUCUGAUACUUUAAUGCAGAUGUGUGGGGAAAUGUGCAUCUCAAAAGCGCCUGGGUGUGCGUCUGGAUGUCAGUAUAUACGAGAAAUGGCUCUGCAGUACAGUUAGAGGAUGCUUUAUAAUCUCUCCUUCACCCCCAUAAAAAGCCUAUUUAUGCAAAGAAAGUGUCUGUCUGUAUCAAGACACGUUCCCUUUCCAUUCUUCAAUUUGGUUACUGCUGUUGUCACACCAUGUUUUCCCCUUUUUAACCUGGAUGGCAGUAAAAAUGCACGCUUAGAGCUUUAUUUUGUUUUUUUUUUAAGUUCGCUUCUACAAAUUUCCAAAGCAGUAUUUGCCAAUUAAUCGCAUUGACCUGCAGUGCAGAAAAUGCGUUUACAAUUUAUUUUUGAACUUUUGUUUUUUAUUUUUUAAAGAGAUCCCUAUAAUUUUAAGUAAAUGCAACAGUGUCAGGUUAUGCUUCUCUCUGACCGUAAUCCCACCAGAGUAGUGCCCACAUUUUCAUCUUCGGUAAACCAUCAGAAAUGAGUAGAAGACGCUCACUAUAUGAAAGGAGACUUUGUGUUCUUGUGUCUUUUUUUUUUUUU